AUGUCUAACGUCCUUGAUCUAAAAAAAUUGCACGAAUCGUUGACGUCUCUGUCCAAGAAAAUUACGGUAUAUUACGGAUUACAGGUUUCGGUUCUGGCUGACGCGAACAUUCCGGAUAUUAAGGCGAUCGGAGACUUCGAUACGGUUGCGGUGACCUUACAUUUCCCAUCGGGAACCCUCGGCAUGAUCGAUUUGUCGCGCAACAGCACGUUCGGAUAUGAUCAACGAUUGGAGGUCUUUGGCCCGAAGGGCAUGGUGCAGGCCGACAACGAACAGCCAAACUCUGUUUGUUGGCGACGUGAACUCCAAGGGAUAACCACCGCACCGAUCUGGUACUCGUUCGCCAGCCGUUUUAUGAACGGCUAUCGAAGAGAGUUCGAUCACUUCGUCGACGUGGUGCACGGUAAGGUCGAGUCGCAGGUCAAGUCGAAGGAUAUCUUGGCGGUGAGCAAGAUCGCCACGGCUUGCGAGGAGUCCGCUCGCACGGGAAAAAUCGUGACUCUCAAAUGGACCAGCAGCGAGUUGCCUGAUAAUUCAUGAAGGAACAACAAGAGAACUGCUAUUACACAACUGUAUUGUGUAACUUUAUCGUCUUCUUUGAUACUACUUUUAUAAAUUGUGUAAACAAACAACAAAUUAACGCGAUAAGACAGUAUCGACUUCUAUUGAAUAUUAUUCAUUGAAAAAUUUAUAUGCAU